AUCACUUCGAUGACGCUGCGAAACAAUGGUUGACCACCGUUCUCUCGGAUCUCUCAGAACACUCAGCAAUGGCUCGUACCAAGCAAACCGCUCGCAAUUCCACAGGGGGAAAGGCUCCUCACAAGCAGUUGGCCACCAAGGCCGCUCGCCAAUCGGCCCCGACCACCAGAGGUGAAAAGCCGCAUAUCGUCCUGGAACCUGGAACCGUCGCUCCGCGUGUGAUCCGCCGCUACCAA